AUGGCUCCAUAUCACCUCCUGUCGCACUCCUGUUCUGAUGCAAGUAGGCAGAGGAAGUCUGAGUCCAGUUCCACAAUGAAUGCAGCACGGAGGUCAGCCAGGGUGGAUUCAGAGGUGACAGAGUCCCAGAUGGAGCCGUCCGUCAAUGCCACUGAGAUGCCCUCCAAGGAGAAUGUUCUUUCUGACACGAAGGACAAAUUCAUGAACAAACUGGGAAAGCUGCCAAUACCGCCCUGGGCACUGGCCACCGUUCUCAUCGUGGCUGGCCUCCUGCUUCUUUGCUGCUGCUUCUGCGCCUGCAAAAAAUGCUGCGGCAGGAAGAAGAAAGGGAAGAAAGGCAAAGACAAAAUGAGCGCACAGAUCAACAUGAAGGAGGUGAAGGAACUAGGCAAGAGCUACAUCGAUAAGGUGCAGCCUGAGGUAGAAGAUUUAGACCCAUCGCUGUUGCAGGAGGCCAAAGAGGAGAAGCCCCAUGAGAAGCUGGGGAAACUCCGGUACUCACUGGACUAUGACUUCCAGAGCAUGCAGCUGGUGGUGGGCAUCAUACAAGCUGCUGACCUCCCAGCGCUGGAUAUUGGGGGCACCUCCGACCCGUACGUCAAAGUCUUCCUGCUUCCCGAGAAGAAGAAGAAAUAUGAGACCAAAGUCCAUCGCAAGACCCUCAACCCCACAUUCAACGAAUCAUUCACCUUCAAAGUUCCCUACUCAGAACUGGGAGGCAAGAGCCUCGUCAUGGCCGUCUACGACUUUGACCGCUUCUCAAAGCACGAUGCCAUUGGAGAAAUCCGUAUCCCAAUGAACACUGUGGACCUGGCCCAUGUGAUCGAGGAGUGGCGAGACCUGCAGUCGGCCGAGAAGGAAGAGCAUGAAAAGCUGGGAGACAUCUGCUUUUCACUCCGUUAUGUUCCUACGGCAGGAAAGUUGACUGUUAUUGUACUAGAAGCCAAAAACCUGAAAAAGAUGGAUGUGGGAGGCCUUUCAGAUCCAUAUGUUAAAAUCCACCUCAUGCAGGGAGGGAAACGUAUCAAAAAGAAGAAAACAACUAUCAAGAAAAAUACACUGAAUCCCUACUACAAUGAGUCCUUCAGUUUUGAGGUGCCUUUCGAACAAAUCCAGAAAGUCCAGGUUGUGCUGACGGUCCUGGAUUAUGACAAACUGGGCAAAAAUGAAGCCAUUGGGAAGAUCUUUGUGGGGUGCAAUGCCACCGGCUCGGAGCUCCGCCACUGGUCUGACAUGCUGGCCAACCCCCGGAGACCCAUCGCCCAGUGGCAUACUCUGCAACCUGAAGAAGAAGUAGAUGCAGCUGUGGGCAUAAAGACCUCUUGA